AUGGAAACUCCGUCAAAGAAGGAGUUUCAGAUCGGCUGGAUAUGCGCCCUACCCAUUGAAGCGGCUGCCGCGAUCCAGAUGCUUGAUGAGAAUUUUGGCAUUCUUCACGAGCAAGAAAGAUCCGAUACUAACACUUACACCUUAGGCCGGAUCGGGUGGCACUAUGUCGUUAUCGCCUGUCUGCCGGAUGGACAGUACGGGACUACUUCGGCUACCACAGUCGCCAUCAAUAUGAUACGAACGUUCAGUGACUCGCUUCGCAUCGGGUUGAUGGUAGGCAUUGGUGGAGGAGCUCCAUCCGCGGCACACGACAUUCGCCUAGGUGAUAUAGUGGUUAGUCGUCCCGAAGGCUGUCAUGGCGGCGUCAUUCAACACGAUAUGGGGAAGAUUAACGAAGACGGCAAGAUUCACCUAAUUGGAUCCUUGAAUAGCCCACCGAAGCCUAUGCUGAACGCGCUGGCUCAACUAAGGGCAGCCGAACUGUAUGAUGAUCCUCAGUAUCCUCAUUACCUCCAGAAAGCUAUUGGACGAAAUACACGAACACAGAAAACCUUUGGCCGGCCUAAUGAUAAGUUGGGCCGCUUAUUCAAACAAGAGCAUGAGCAUCUUGAUGAUGCCACGUCCUGCGAUUUAUGUCCAGUGAUUUGGGAGGAUGGUCGUUCUGCUCGCGAAGAUAGUAUUCCACAUAUUCAUUACGGAACGAUCGCUUCUGGGAAUACCUUAAUCAAAAACGCAAAGAAGAGGGAGGCUAUCCGCAAGGAGACUGGUGCAUUGUGUUUUGAGAUGGAGGCAGCAGGCCUGAUGGCGGAUUUUCCUUGUCUAGUAAUUCGUGGCAUAUGUGACUAUGCUGACUCGCACAAGAAUAAACGAUGGCAAGGGUAUGCUGCGCUAGCCGCGGCGGCUUUUACGAAGGAGCUGCUGGGUUAUGUGCCAAAGGGGGUAUCACAAGAGAGUUUAGUUGCAGAUAUCUGUCAACAAAAGAUUGCGGAAAUUUUUUCCACAGUGAAAGAAAUUCGGAAGGAUACUCAUGGUACAGAUGCGACUGUCAAGAAGCUGAGCCAACGCGGAGACGACCAAGAGUUUCAAAUCAUUAUGAAUUGGCUUACACCGGUAAACUAUGCUCUGCAACAAAGUGAUUUGAUCACCCGGCUACAAGAAGGAACUGGAGAAUGGUUCCUGAAGUCAAAUCAAUUCCAGCAGUGGCUUGCACAUAGUAACCAAACUCUCUUCUGUCCUGGUAUGCCAGGAGCGGGCAAGACCAUGCUCACAUCAAUUGUUAUCCGUUACCUACAUGCCAAGUUUGGGAACGACCCAAGCGUCGGCAUCGCAUAUCUGUAUUGCAACUUCCGGCAACAGCAUGAACAAAAGUCCGCUGAUCUAGUUAUGAGCCUGCUCAAGCAAUUAGCCCAGCAGCAGCCUUCUAUUCCUGAAACUGUGAAAAACCUAUACAACGUUCAUAAGACUAGGCAAACCCGCCCGUCACCUGAUGAAAUUCGGAACAUAUUGCACCAUAUCGCCAUUACUUAUUCAAGGACUUUUAUCAUCAUCGAUGCGCUAGACGAAUGCCAAGUUUCCUACGAAGGUCGUGAGGUUUUUAUGCGAGAGAUCUUCAACCUUCAGGCCAAGGCUGGAUUAAACAUUUUUGCAACAUCGCGGUACAUCCAGGAUAUUGAGACCAAAUUUGACCAAAGUAUCAGACUUGAAAUCCGUGCUAAUGAUAUGGACGUGGAGAAAUAUCUGGAUCAGAGAUUGCAAGAUUUUCCAUCCUGGAUUCUGAAAGAUAAAUCUCUCCAAACGGAGAUUAAGGGCAAGAUCGCUAGGGCAGUGGAUGGGAUGUUUCUUCUUGCCCAACUUUAUGUUGAUUCUCUAGCCCAUAAGACAACGGCCAAGGCGAUCAGAAUCGCACUUGGGGAGUUGGAGGUAUUACCGGAGGGACCCAAUGACAGACCCAAAAUAUUGGAUCGCGCUUAUUUUGAAGCCUUGGAACGAAUUCAGGAACAGAUCCCAGAACACAGAGAAUUGGCCAUGCAAGCUCUAUCAUGGAUCUUCUUUGCUAAGAGGCCCCUAUUAUCGACGGAACUUCAACAUGCCUUGGCUGUCGAAGUAAAUGAAUCUCAACUUGACCAAGAGAAUGUAGCGGAUAUUGGACUUAUUGUCUCUAUGUGCGCUGGAUUGAUCACUUUUGAUAAAGAGAGUGGCUUGGUCCAUUUGAUCCACUAUACAACGCAGGAAUACUUCGAGCGAAAUUGGGCAACGUGGUUUCCUAAUGCCCACACUGAUAUCACGGAAAAAUGUGUGACUUACUUGUUAUUUCAAGAUUUUGAAGCUGGAAGCACCCCGACGGAAGACGACUUGGUGGAGAGAUGCAAGUCGCAUAUUCUCUAUCUUUAUGCGGCAAAGAAUUGGGGAUACCACGCUGUCGAAUCUCCGAUUGAAGGUGGAAAGCUGGUUUUAGAUCUCCUUAGAUCUAAGUCCAAAGUUUCUGCUUGUAGCCAGGCUAUGUUAUAUAAUAGACUGAGAAGAUCAUUUGAAACUGAGAUGACAGGGAUGCACCUCGCAGCAUACUUUGGACUCUCAAAAUCCACAUUAGCUCUGCUAGAAAGUUCCGCUGACGCAGAAGCAAACGAUCUUCUUGGCCGGACACCGCUCUCAUGGGCAGCUAUUAACGGUCAUGAGGCAGUAGUAAAGCUGCUGCUUGAUAAUAAUGCUGAUGUCGACACGACAGAUUAUGAUGGCCAGACACCGCUCUUAUGUGCAGCUAGUAACGGUCAUGUGACAGUAGUAAAGCUGUUACUUGAUAAGAAUGCUGAUAUCAACUGUACGGAAGCUAAUUAUGGCCAAACACCGCUCUCAUUAGCAGCUGAGGUCGGCCAUGAGGUAGUAGUGAAGCUGCUGCUUGACAAGAAUGCUGAUGUCGACGCGAGAGAUUAUGCGGACCAGACACCGCUUUCACAAGCAGCCAAGGAGGGCUAUGAAGCAAUAGUGAUGCUACUGCUUGAUAAUAAUGCUGAUAUCAACUCAAGAGAUAAAUAUGGCUCSACACCACUCUCAUUGGCAGCUACUGACGGUCAUGAGGCAGUAGUAAAGCUGCUGCUGGACAAGAAUGCUGAUAUCAACUUUAAAGAUGAUGAUGACCAGACACCGCUCUUAUGGGCAGCUAAGAACGGCCAUGAGGCAGUAGUAAAGCUGCUGCUUGACAAGAAUGCUGAUGUUGACGCAACAGAUUAUAACGGCCAGACACCGCUCUUACAGGCAGCUAAGGGGGGUUAUGAAGCAGUAGUAAAGCUACUGCUCGAUAAGAAUGCUGAUAUCAACUUAAAAAAUGAUUUUGGCUCGACACCACUCUUUCGGGCGGGUAUAAACGGUCAUAAAGCAGUAGUGAAGCUACUCCUCGACAGGAACGCUGAUGUCGACUUCAGGAUGAUGGCCGAUCUGAUCACGGCACUCAGGAAUAUGGGCACUCAGAGGCGUGCUCAAUUCUACUCAGUGAGUCAAAGCUACCAGGGGGAGUGCAUUGAAAUAUAG